AUGGCGGAAGCAGAACAGCAGGAAGAAGAAAGUGAAGAGGAACCCAAACUGAAGUAUGAAAGGCUUUCCAAUGGCGUAACGGAAAUUCUUCAGCAGGAUGCGGCUAGCUGCAUGACAGUCCAUGACAAGUUUUUGGCAUUGGGUACACAUUGCGGCAAAGUUUAUUUACUGGAUGUCCAGGGGAACAUCACUCAGAAGUUUGAUGUAAGCCCUGUGAAGAUAAACCAGAUUAGCCUGGAUGAAAGUGGAGAACACAUGGGCGUGUGUUCAGAGGAUGGCAAGGUGCAGGUAUUUGGGCUGUAUACUGGAGAAGAAUUUCAUGAGACUUUUGAUUGUCCCAUUAAAAUCAUUGCCAUGCACCCGCAGUUUGUGAGAUCCAGUUGCAAGCAGUUUGUGACAGGAGGGAAGAAGUUGCUGCUGUUUGAACGAUCUUGGAUGAGCAGAUGGAAGUCUUCUGUUCUGCAUGAAGGGGAAGGAAACAUAAGAAGUGUGAAGUGGCGAGGCCACUUGAUUGCUUGGGCCAACAACAUGGGUGUGAAGAUUUUCGACAUCACCUCAAAGCAAAGAAUCACCAAUGUGCCCCGAGAUGAUAUAAGCCUUCGUCCAGAUAUGUAUCCCUGCAGCCUGUGCUGGAAGGACAACGUGACACUAAUUAUUGGCUGGGGGAUAUCUAUAAAGAUAUGUUCGGUGAAGGAACGGCAUGCCAGUGAAAUGAGAGACUUGCCAAGUCGUUAUGUUGAAAUAGUGUCCCAGUUUGAAACCGAAUUCUACAUCAGUGGACUUGCACCUCUCUGCGAUCAACUUGUUGUGCUUUCCUACGUAAAGGAGCUUACAGAAAAGACGGAUGGAGACUACUGCUCCAGGCCCAGACUGGAUAUCAUCCACCCGCUUCCGGAGACCUGUGAGGAGAUCUCUUCAGAUGCUCUUACAGUCAGGGGUUUUCAGGAAAAUGAAUGUCGAGAUUAUCACUUAGAGUAUUCUGAAGGGGAAUCCCUCUUCUACAUCGUGAGUCCAAGAGAUGUUGUAGUAGCCAAGGAACGAGACCAAGAUGAUCACAUAGACUGGCUCCUUGAAAACAAGCAAUAUGAACAAGCUUUGAUAGCAGCUGAAAUCAGCCAAAAGACCAUUAAAAGACAUAAGAUUCUGGAUAUUGGCCUGGCAUACAUCAAUCACCUGGUGGAGAAAGGAGAGUAUGACACAGCGGCUCGCAAAUGCCAGAGGAUUCUUGGCAAAAAUGCAGCACUCUGGGAAUAUCAAGUUUAUAAAUUUAAAGAAAUCAAACAGCUUAAGGCAAUUAGCCCAUAUUUGCCAAGAGGGGAUCCAGUUCUGAAACCACUCAUCUAUGAAAUGAUCUUACAUGAAUUUUUAGAAAGUGAUUAUGAGGGGUUUGCCACAUUAAUCCGAGAAUGGCCUGGAAAUCUUUAUAACAAUUCAGUGAUAGUUCAAGCUGUUCGGGAUCACCUGAAGAAAGACAGUCAAAAUAGGACGUUACUGAAAACCCUGGCAGAAUUGUAUACCUAUGACACAAACUAUGGGAAUGCUCUGGAAAUAUACUUAACAUUAAGACAUAAAGACGUUUUCCAGUUGAUCCAUAAACAUAACCUUUUCAGCUCCAUCAAGGAUAAAAUUGUUUUAUUGAUGGAUUUUGAUUCAGAGAAAGCUGUUGAUAUGCUUUUGGACAAUGAAGAUAAAAUUUCAAUUAAAAAGGUCGUGGAAGAACUAGAAGACAGACCAGAGUUGCAGCAUGUGUAUUUGCAUAAGCUUUUCAAGAGAGACCAUCAUAAAGGGCAACGUUACCACGAAAAGCAGAUCAGCCUCUAUGCAGAAUAUGAUCGGCCAAACUUGCUUCCAUUUCUCCGCGAGAGUACCCACUGCCCACUGGAAAAGGCUCUUGAGAUCUGUCAACAGAGAAACUUUGUGGAAGAGACAGUUUAUCUUCUGAGCCGAAUGGGUAAUAGUCGAAGUGCCCUGAAGAUGAUCAUGGAGGAAUUACAUGAUGUUGAUAAAGCGAUUGAAUUUGCUAAGGAGCAAGAUGAUGGCGAACUCUGGGAAGACCUGAUUCUAUACUCCAUUGACAAACCACCAUUUAUUACUGGUUUGUUAAACAACAUUGGCACUCACGUUGACCCAAUUCUCCUGAUUCAUCGUAUUAAGGAAGGAAUGGAGAUUCCCAAUUUGAGAGACUCCUUGGUUAAAAUCCUGCAAGACUACAAUUUACAGAUUUUACUUCGGGAAGGCUGCAAGAAGAUUUUGGUAGCUGACUCUCUGUCUUUACUGAAGAAAAUGCAUAGAACUCAGAUGAAAGGCGUUCUGGUAGAUGAGGAGAACAUCUGUGAAGCAUGCCUUUCCCCUAUCCUUCCAUCAGAUGCGGCUAAGCCCUACAGCAUGGUAGUCUUCCAUUGCCGGCAUAUGUUCCACAAGGAGUGCCUGCCCGUACCCAGUAUGAACUCUCUGGCUCAGUUCUGCAACAUCUGCAGUGCCAAGAACCGUGGACCAGGAAGUGCAAUUUUGGAGAUGAAAAAAUAG